CAAUAACGAGAAGAAGCAUUAAUAAUAUUUUGUAUUUUUGUUUGCGUGGACAGAAAAUUUUAUAAAAAUGAAUGAAUCAGAUAUACCCAUUGACAUCCAUACCCUGAAGCUUCAGGAUUGGCUUAUCAGCAGACGUAUUGUGCCCAAAAAUAUACAAUCUGCUCAAAAGGAUAUACGAUCCAAAAUAACAAAUGCAUUGCAGGACAUGCCAUCAAAUGAUGACCUUAUGAAAUUGUUGAAAGGAUCAAAUAUCAAUUAUUAUCACUGCAAGGAAAUAGUGGACAUUUUAAAACAAACCGAAAAAGAUACAAAAAGCAUAUUUGGAAGCUAUGGCAGCCAACGUAUGAAAGAUUGGCAAGAAAUUAUACGUCUGUACGAAAAAGAUAAUGUUUAUCUGGCCGAAACAGCUCAGUUAUAUGUACGCAAUGUCAACUAUGAAGUGCCAAGUGUGCGCAAACAAAUGACCAAGUUGGAACAACAAAGCGAUGAAUCGUUAAAACGCAGUCAGGAUCUUAAUAAGCCAGAGGCUCAACUUUUAGCGGAACACGCCACUUUAUUGCAGCAACUUGGUGUCAAAGGCGAUAAUUUAAGGGAAGAAUUCAUCCAAGUUUUGGCAGGUUUACCAGAAUUGUAUGCUAAAUCGAUUAAAAAUAUUGGCUCUCUUGAAGAAGCCGUUGAUUUGUAUUCCACGACCACUGGACAAAAUAAACAACAAUGUCUUCCUAUUACCAGACAUUUAAUUGAAUUCGGUAAUACCACUGUAUAUCAGUAUAUACACAAAGAAGCACCUUUAUCUGUGGAAGAACCAGAGAUUAAGCUCAAUUUAAGCGAAGAACAUUCGACUAAAGCAGCUGAAGAUAACGAAAUUGAUUUCGGUGAUGACAAUGGUGGAGCUUCAUCGACUAUUUCGGGUGAAAUGAUUGAUUUUAGUGAUUUAAAUCUUGAUAGUGGUGCUGGAGGCAUUGAUUUUGGCGAUGGGGGUGAAGGUGGUGACAUUGAUUGGGGCAUCGAAAGUACACCGGCCGAAGCAGUCGAAGUAAAUUUUGGUAUACCCAUUGAAGAGUAUGGUAUUGUGGUCGAAGAUGCUGGUAUGGAUGGGGGCAUAGCGACAGGAGAUCAAGCUUAUACCCUACUCGAUUCUCCCUACUACCGUGAAAGGUUCACUGAUGAACUAUACGAAUUAGAAGCAUUUUUACGUAUGCGUCUCUAUGAACUACGUCAAGUGAAUUCCGCCUCAAGCAACAUUAUGUUCUCAUUGAUGGAGUCUAUUUCCACGCACGAUGAAGAAUCUAUACGUAAAAUGAUUAACCAAGUCGAAAUCAUUCUUAGGGAAAUAAGCAGUGAGCAUACAGGCCACCUAUUCCAAUUGAAACACUCGCCUAAAUAUGCCGAUUUAUUGGCUUCAAAAUUGAAGCAAAUGUUAAAGGCUGUGGAAAAAAUACGCACCACCAAACAAGUGCUUAAAGAUCGUGCUGCUGAAUUGACAGAACAGCGCUUGGCUUUAAUUCCCGUACUAGAUGAGUUGGUGGCCCAAACAAAUAAGUUACAAGGACAAAUUGAACAGGAUAUAUCAAAACGUUAUAAAAAUCGUUUGGUCAAUUUGUUGGGAGGUGUUAGUAGUUAAUUGUAGAUUUGUAAUAUACAUACAUAUAUUGGGAUAAAUUGUUAUUCAACUUACUAGUAGUAUAUCAUCAUCAAGAGCCUUUCAUUUAUUUGUUGUAGUUUUUUCUUUUUUUGGUUUUUAAUUUUAAAGCUUUUUAAAUAAAUAUUAUUUUCAAAUACAAACAAAA